GUGUGUGUGUGUCGGGCACACGCAGUGCGCGCUCACGUUCAUGCUGGGGCUGAUUAAAGAUUUGCUGAUAUUUAAUAGGGAGAAAAGCCUGGGAGAGGGAGUCAGUGAGAGAGAGGGAGGGAGAGAGGGAGAGAGAGAGAGAGAGAGUCUGACUGCCUUUUCUCUACUUGGCUUCAUCCAAAUCCAACCCAAACCAAAACACAUUCGCUUUUUAACAGAGGGAUUUUUUUUUGGACCCCCUUUUUCUUCCUCUAUGGAUUUUUGGGGGCUUUUUUGCCUCCUUGCGAUCCGGAGUUAGGGUCUGAUUUUUUUCUAUACCAAACCAAGAGAGAGAAAAAAUCUGUUUACGGAGCGAGAGAGAGAGAAAGAGAAAGAGAGAGAAAAAAACAAGACGAGGAAUCCCGGAUUGUUUGUGAACUUUAGUAGCUGUGGAUUUGGAUUUCCGCCUCGAUGUUGGUUCACACUUACGCAGCUAUGGAUCGCCACGACGGUGUCAAUGGGAGUCACAGCGCCCGUUUGGCCCAACUGGGGUCCAUGAGCCAAACUCCCUACACGGCAGCGCCUCCUCUCUCUCACACCCCCUCCUCAGACUUCCAGCCGCCUUACUUCCCACCGCCUUACCAGCCUCUGCCUUACCCCCAGAGCCAGGAGUCCUACCACAGCCACGUCAAUGACCCCUACUCCCUGCCCAGCCCUCUCCACCCGCCCCAACAGCACCCCUGGCCGCAGCGCCAGCGGCAGGAGGUGUCGGGGGAGCCGGCCAUCCUGCACCAGUCCCGGGGGCUCUCACAGCUCGCCAGCCUCGACCCCCGCCGCGACUACCACGGUGUCCGCCGGCCCGAUGUCCUCCUGCACUCCGCUCACGGCCUGGACGCCACCGGCCACGGGCUGGCGGACUCCCUGGCUCUCCACGCUCUCAGCCACCCCGGCAUGGAGGAGUCUGUGGACGACACCGGCAGCUCUGGGAUGCACAUAUUGGAUCAGUCUGUGAUCAAAAAAGUUGCCCACAUGAUGCGUUCAACACAAGAUUACAAGAGAGGUUUGGAUAAAGAAGGCCGGCCUUUCGACCCAUAUGAUCCCAUCCUUCCAGAGUACAAACCUUGCCGUCUUCCUACUUCAGCAUCAAACCGCUUCUUAAUCCCGAUGCCCAUCAAAGCCAACGGCAGCUCGCUCUCCUCUCUCAGCCUGCAGAAGGACGGUCUGGUGGGAGGGGUCACGAACCCCAACGAGGUGUUCUGUUCUGUCCCCGGCCGCCUGUCGCUGCUCAGCUCCACGUCCAAGUACAAGGUGACGGUGGGAGAGGUACAGAGGCGUCUCUCACCCCCGGAGUGCCUGAACGCAUCGCUGCUGGGAGGAGUGCUCAGGAGGGCCAAGUCGAAAAAUGGCGGGAGAUCCUUGAGGGAGAAAUUGGAAAAGAUUGGAUUGAAUUUGCCUGCGGGGAGACGCAAGGCUGCCAAUGUCACUUUACUCACCUCACUGGUGGAAGGAGAAGCUGUGCACCUGGCUCGGGAUUUCGGCUACGUUUGCGAGACUGAGUUCCCGGCAAAGGCGGCAGCAGAGUUUUUGACCCGACAGCACUCGGAUCCCAGUGAACUCCACGCUCGGAAAAACAUGCUCUUAGCCACCAAGCAAAUCUGCAAGGAGUUCACAGAUCUACUGACCCAGGACCGUUCUCCGUUGGGGAACAGCCGUCCUGCACCCAUGCUGGAGGGAGGAAUCCAGAGCUGCCUGACUCACUUCAGCUUAAUCACACACGGAUUCGGCAGCCCAGCUCUACUGGCUGCCUUAACCGCCUUCCAGAAUUACCUGGUGGAGGCCGUGAAGGGGCUGGAUAAGAUAUUCCUCAGCUCAUCCAACAACCAUUCCUCUGGGGAAUCCGGGACUAAGAGCACAGACAAAGAAGCCAAACAUCGGAAAUAACUCGGGACAGAUGGCCUGGACCAAACUGUUCUGAUUGUUUCGAAAAGAGAUUAAAACAGUCAAUUCAACGUGCAAUUAUAUAUUAAGAAGAGGAAGAAGAAGAAGAAAAAAUAAAGCGACAAAAAAAAAAUCACCCAGAGGAUUGGAUUGUGUCGAGGUGUACUGUGGGGGGGGGUGUGCGUGCGUGAGGUCACAACUUUCUAAAUGAGGUGGAGAGAGAGGAAGAAAAAAGAGAGAAGAAAGAAAAGUCCGGAUGGAUGGAUGGAUGGAUGUAUGGAUGGAUGGGGAGGGGAGUUGGUGUGGUUUUACUGGGAGCCGAUGCCGGCCUGAACCCAGGGCGAUUCCGGCUCAAACAACAACAACACAACAACAAGACAAGACACCGCAAGAAGUCUGCACAUUGAAUCUUCAUUGGACAAUUCAAUCAGAAUUCGGGAACAUGAACAAUGGCACGAAAUUAAAGCACAAGCUUAGAGCAUUGGCCUCGGCAAAGCAGAGCAGAGCAAAGCAAAUAGUGUUCCAUAUGUAUAUAUUUAUUUAUGUGUAAUUAAAUUGGGAACUUUAAAUAGACCCGUCGUCGCAAGCUAUUUAUCUGCUGACCUGGUUUUCUGCUGUGAGUAAUGAUGGACAAUUGAAGACUUUGCUUUUAGAAUUUUUUUUUGAACUUUGAGGUUUCAGGUACAAGAUGACAGGAUAAAGGACAGAUUGACCUAUGGUUUCUGUGUAUAAGUCAUUGUAUUUUCUUGUGGAAGUGAAGCACAGAGGAAUAAUUGUGAAUGUUUUUUUCCCUCCCCACCCCUCCUCCCCCUGAACUAUAUUUUGAGAUGGUGGCGUGUGAGGUACGAGGUUAUAAAUCUCUUAAUUUUUUGUCUAGAGUGUUUCAUAAAUUGUUGAAUAAAUUGUGCUGCUAUACAGAAUGAUUCUAUAGAUUUUAUUGGGGUUUACGAG